UCUCACUCUUUCUUGUGUCGUUCUAGAGCGAUCCUCAAAAUACUGUUACACCAACUGCAACUGAUUAGAUUUUAAAAUCUCCAAACGUGGUCACAUUCCCUCUGAGCUUUCAUUUCUGUCAAUUUUUUUUUUUUGGUUAUUUUUCUUCGGGUCUUUUGCGGUCGCCGGAGAAUGGUGGAACCGGUGGGACACGAACUCGACGAGGAGUUGUCGCUCUUGUCUGAUCAUUGCAAUGUUGACCGCUCCUGGCGGUUGAACUUCGAUGGCUUUAAGUUGUCGUCUGAACACGUGGAGAAGAAGCCACCUCGCCGCCUCCAUGACUGCCUGGGAGUUUUAGGUCCAGAAGAUAACGUGGCUGAGUACUAUCAGCAGCAGGUAGAGAUGCUUGAGGGAUUUAACGAAAUGGAUGCAUUAGCGGAACGUGGUUUCGUUCCUGGGAUGUCAAAGGAAGAGCGAGAAAACUUGGCUAGAAGCGAGAAUUUGGCUAUUAGAAUAUCAAACAUUGCUAACAUGGUUCUUUUUUCUGCUAAAGUUUAUGCAUCUGUCAGAAGUGGUUCAUUGGCCAUCAUUGCCUCCACGUUAGACUCUCUUCUUGACCUUCUGUCUGGCUUCAUCUUAUGGUUUACUGCAUUCUCCAUGCAAACACCAAAUCCAUAUCAGUACCCUAUUGGAAAGAAAAGGAUGCAGCCAUUGGGAAUUCUUGUGUUUGCCUCAGUCAUGGCAACACUUGGACUGCAGAUUAUCUUGGAGUCAGUGCGCACUAUGGUAUCUCAUGAGAAUGAUUUCAACCUUAGCAAAGAGCAAGAGCGAUGGGUUGUGGGCAUAAUGCUCUCAGUCACCCUGGUCAAACUUCUUUUGGUUGUUUAUUGUCGUGCUUUUACAAAUGAAAUUGUCAAAGCUUAUGCCCAGGAUCAUUUUUUUGAUGUUAUCACCAACAUCAUUGGCCUCGUUGCUGUGCUCCUCGCUAAAUACAUCCACGGCUGGAUAGAUCCUGUUGGGGCUAUCAUUUUGGCGUUGUACACAAUUCGCACAUGGUCUGUGACUGUGUUGGAAAAUGUCAAUUCCCUUGUUGGAAAAUCGGCCGCUCCUGAAUAUCUACAAAAACUGACAUACCUUUGUUGGAACCACCACAAGGCUAUAAGACACAUUGAUACAGUGCGAGCUUAUACCUUCGGGUCUCACUACUUUGUUGAGGUUGACAUCGUUCUGCCAUCAGACAUGCCCUUGCAAGAGGCCCACGAUAUCGGGGAGUCCUUGCAGGAGAAGCUCGAACUACUGCCCGAGAUUGAGCGUGCCUUUGUUCAUCUUGAUUACGAGUAUUCGCACAAACCUGAGCACGCUUCCACCUACCCAUAGUACCUCCUCGAAACUCUGCUGUAAUAUCUGGCAAUCGUCUUGUUGAACCAUGUGGAAGCAUACUGUAAAUGACAAAGAUUAUACUUCAGAUCAGAUAUUUUAUAAGUUAAUGCCAAAUAUUCGGAAUCCGAAAUUGAUUGGGAGCGGGUAGAUAACAGAGACUAGUCAUCUCACGUGUGUAGUUGAGAGGCUUGAUAAGUUUGGGCCUUUCUGAGAAUUAACCAAUCAAGUCGGUAUUUCCGUAUGUGAAUAUAAUUUUGAUUCUGCUUGGAUUCAA